UUUACAACUAACUGAAGCGACGACGACGGUCGUCGUGAGGGCGUCGAGAUUAUUGUGCGUAUGGAUCUUGAAGAGAAGAAGCACAUCAAGACUUAAAUGAAAAGCUUUGCUUUUUGCUUUCUGACGAGACAGAACGUGAUAAAAAUAUUGUCACAACAAAGAUGACGGACUCAGCUGAUGAAGCCGCGUGGCGCAGUGGUGUUUUGGGUAAAGCUCCGAGUGCCGCGGCCGCAGCUCCCGCCGCGAAAAAGACCGCACCACCAGCGUCCGCGUCUUCAGGCAGUACUUCUACGAAACCGGCUGGGCCGGCACCACCGCCACAGAACCUCAAUGACGAAUUUUUCGAGCCCCAUGACCAAGCGCUCAUAAACCGGCUCACUGUGCGAAGUCCGAUAAUAGGUACUCGCGAUUCACAAAGUUCAUGUAGAACAUUAGCGAGCUACAAUCUUCGCGGUUUUUACUUGUCGUUUAUGUGCGCAAAUUAAUAUGUCUGCAAGAGUUCUUGUUCUUCCUGUUCCCGCCUCCUGAUGCGGAUGUUGAAAAAGGAAAUGCACCAUGUAUAUUACCGAAAUCGCAAUGCAGGCGAUCUGCCGCGUUCCCCUUCCUCUCUCCAGCCCGCCGCAUCUUCUACGAACCGCACCUGGGAGGACGAUUUUCAGGGGUACUUGAGCAACGCGAUCGAGAGCCUGUUCAAGUGCGAGGAGACGCUGCGGACGCGGUCCGACGACGCCGACGCGGUGAAGGAGGAAAAGGAGUUGCAAACCCGUUUUGACGAGUUGAACGAGGAGGUGGCGACUCUGCUGAAGGAACGGCAGGCGCUGGAGACGGAGCUGCACGAUUUGGAGGGGGAUACCGAAGCGACGGAUUUUCGGAACAAGUCCACGCAGGAACUGCGGCGGUUGAUCCAGACCUUCGAAAUGAACAUGACCAUGGUGCAGGCGGAAUUGGAAGCCAGGUUGAGCAAGACGACGACGACCUCGACCACGCAGGCUUGAUAAAAGAACAGCGCGGAGUAGAUGAACGAGCUGCUGUGAAAGAACGCAGGAUGCCUGGGCGACGCAGAGGAGCGAUGUGCCCCAGUCGUGCGUGACAAACAGCUGACUGACCUUGCUGCAAAGCAGUGCAAUGAACGCAAUCGGUGGAAUGGAUGAGAAGGAAGCAGCGGGUCACGAGUCGACUGGAAGGCGAUGCAGAAGACGGUCAAAGGGCGAAGGGCCCAGUGAAGUUGAAGAUGAAGAGCGUGAGUUUUAUCUUCUCCAUGUCACGCCCACUCUCGCCUGUGUCUCUGUAAUUGCCUGAUCGGCUACGUCGGAGCCAAACCUAGCUAGAAGGCCAUGUCACGUUCACCCUGCGGCGAUCGGGAACGCGAAGGCGAAUAGACUCCCCCUGAUGGAGGUCGAGCCACCCUUGAAGGUGAUGAAAAGCGACGAGGGAUCCUUUUUGCUCCCUUCAUCUGAGGACUAUUCGACAAGACAAGACAAGCCGCUGAAUAAUGAACUGCUGUCGAUUUGAUGUAUAGAUGAAAUUAAUAGAUAAUGAUGAUGAGGAGCCAUAUGAGGAGAAGCGGAUGAACCAGAAAUGGCAUGUGCGCUUUUACGCUUGAUGUUUGUUCACGUGGUCCAGCAACAAGCAAUAAGCAGCGUGGCAUUCACAUUUGACAAGUUAACUCCUUCGAUCUGAUUGUGCCUCAGCACAAUGAUUUUUUCCACCUGAGACCACUAGCCUAGGCCUCCUGUUUCAGAUGAUUUGAGAAAGUGACAUCGAUACCUUGGCGCCACUUUUAGCCUCCCUAAUGAGGGCGAGCUUGCAGGGGCUAUGCAACCAGC